CCCUCCCCCCUACCUCCCAGCUGCAUCGCUCUGAGAAACAGGUACAGACCCUCCCCCUUCCUCCCAGCUGCAUCGCUCUGAGAAACAGGUACAGACCCUCCCCCCUACCUCCCAGCUGCAUCGCUCUGAGAAACAGGUACAGACCCUCCCCCCUUCCUCCCAGCUGCAUCGCUCUGAGAAACAGGCUGUGUGUCCUCCCCUGGUCAGAUGUCCUGCUGGUCUCAGUGUUAAAGGGACAGAACGUGACUGGGAUCCGCCCGGGAAAAGGGAAGAAGGAGCCACUGACUGAAUCUGCCGCUGUCGUCCUGCUGAGAGCUGAGACAUUACAGAGACUCAACAGGUUCAGGGAGUUGACCCGUUACCUGAAGGUGGUUCAUAGUGGGAACACAGAACUUGUCCAGGCGGUGCGGGAUCUGAUCCCUCUCUUCCUGAUGAAGGCCGGGGACUUUAGCUCCGCCCUCUCCUCCUUCUUCUAUCCGCCCCCUGGGGUCUGCUGCCCCGUCUGCCGCCUAACGCCACGCCUCUUCACCCUCUACCUACGCAUCAUCACCACGGCAACCACGCCCAGCGCCACCGCUGCCAUUGCAACGCAGCCCCUCUCCCCCGACACUCCCUGGGAGGAGGUCAAAGAUGCUGUGGUUCCCAGGCAGGUCGAGGUGGUGAAGUUUGGCCUGAGGGUUCUGAAGAGCAACAUGUCUGUCUACAAGGACUCUCAGAGUUGGGCAAACUUUCUCCACGUGCUCAGUUCUCCUGCUGGUCCUCCUGACAGUGCCUUUCUGACGGAGGCGAGAAACGUUACCAUGGAGAUCCUGCUGAACCAGGGAUCUCUGGGACACCUCAUCCAGAUCCCACGGACCUUCCUGAUGGUGUAUCCAGACCAGGCCCUGUUGCUGUUGGUAACUCAGGCUCUGGCGCUACGGAUCCUCCACGAACCUUUGACCCCCGCUCUACCCGUCCUCAACUAUUACAAGGGUCAUGUGUGGGCCUUGAGGUGGCUUGUUGGGUUCCUGUCUUCGUCUCCUGGAAGACUGGAGUCCUUCCUCAGAGGGGUAGCAGUGGAGCUGCACAACAGUGAUGGAUCCCAGCUGUCGCCCUCCUCCUUCCCUUCUUCCUCCCUCAAAGACCAGCCUGACCCCUUCUGGCACUACCUCACAGACUUAAUCAGAGAGACUCUAUCUGUAAUCCCGGACUGCCGCAGACUGGACCUGGAUCAGACUGGAGUGUGACUCAGACUGGACCUGGAUCAGACUGGAGUGUGACUCAGACUGGACCUGGAUCAGACUGGAGUGUGACUCAGACUGGACCUGGAUCAGACUGGAGUGUGACUCAGACUGGACCUGGAUCAGACUGGAGUGUGACUCAGACUGGA